AAUUUUUUUUUUAAAGUACUUUAAUAUGCUAAAAAAAAAAAAGAUUUUGAAGACUUUAAAACAGCAGCUUGAUCACUUACUUCAUUUGUACAACUUUUUAAUUUCUUUCUGUUUUUAAUUUGUUUCUCCCUGCGCUGUUGUUGCUUCAAGUUCAAGCGCUGUACCGUUUUUUUUUCAAUCAAACUGUAGGAGAGGGAGGGAGGGAGAGAGGGAGAGAGAGGGAGCGAGAGAGCAGCAAGAGAGAGAGAGAACACCCUGUUCAGAGAGCCCGUGAAUGGGCUGUCUGUGUGUGUGAGUGGGUGGAAAGGAAACUCACAAACAAAAAAAAAAAAAGCCUUAUAUUUACUUUAAUAUAACAUACACUACAGAACCUCCCUUCUAAGGAGCAACCAACAGCAGCCUCCGAGCGCCCGUACUGUGCACGCGCCCGCGUGCUGCUCUUACAUCUUCUUGAUGGCUCUGAGCAGGGCUACUAGCUUCCACUGCGCCGGCAGACAGGAGAGCGGGAGGAGCCGUGAAGGGGCCCGCGUCUCCCUGCCCCUCUCCCUCGUGCUCCUGUGUGCGCUCAGCUCCCUGUGGGACACCUGCGAGGGCAGCUUCCUGAGUAACAGCCUGCACUCCAGCUUCAUCAACCGUCGCCUGAGCAGCAGAGAGAAGAGGGAGAUGCAGCGGGAGAUCCUCUCCAUCCUGGGGCUCCCCGGCCGCCCCCGCCCCCACCUGCCUGUGCGGCCCCCCUCCUCCGCCCCGCUCUUCAUGCUGGACCUGUACCAUGCCGUGGCCCCCCAGGAGCGGGACGGGGCGGGGGUGUCCUGGGCAGUGCAGACCACUAUGAGCACGCAGAUACCCCCCCUCGGGGACGUGGUGAGCGAGGCCGACACGGUCAUGAGCUUCGUCAACGUGGUUGAGCAAGAGCGUGACCCCCUGCACCCCCGCCCCUACUGGAAGGAGUUCCGCUUCGACCUGACCCCCAUCCCCCAGGGCGAGGCCGUCACUGCCGCGGAGUUCCGCAUCUACAAGGCGCACAGCUACGGUCACCGCGGCAACAGGACCCUGCACAUCAGCGUCUACGAGAUCGUCAAGGAGCAUACCAACCGGUACGGGAGAGGGGGCAGCAGGGGUCCUACCAACAGGGAGUCGGACCUGCUCCUGUUGGAUCUGCAGCCGGUACGUGCUCGGGACGAAGGGUGGCUGGUGUUUGACGUGACGACGGCCAGUAACCGCUGGCUGCUGAACCCUCGCAGCAACCUCGGACUGCGGCUGUACGUGGAGGCUGACGAGGAGCACAGCGUGGAGCCGGGCUCGGUGGGGCUGGUGGGGAGGAGGGGCCCGCGCUCCAAGCAGCCCUUCAUGGUGACGUUCUUCCGACAGAGCCAGCCGGCGCUCCGCCUGCCGCGAGGGAUCCGCCACACCCGCAAGAAACCCCGCGGCAGAACAUACGACCUGCCGCACCCCAACAAACUGCCGGGGCUCCUCGAUCACAAUCACAUCAGUGAUGGGAGGCACGCUUGCAAGAGACACGAGCUGUACGUCAGCUUCAAUGAGCUGGGAUGGAAGGACUGGGUAAUCGCACCCCAGGGGUACUCUGCGUAUUACUGUGACGGGGAAUGCUCCUACCCACUCGGAUCUUGCAUGAACGCCACCAACCACGCCAUCAUGCAGCUCGUGGUCCACAUGCUGAAGCCAGACGAGGUUCCGAAGGCGUGCUGCGCCCCGACCAAGCUGAGCCCGAUCUCGGUGCUGUUCUAUGAUGACAACAACAACGUGAUCCUGAAGAAGCACCGAAACAUGGUGGUGAAGGCGUGCGGCUGCCACUGACGCGUCCAUACGAGACACACCCACACCUACAGUACGAGACACACCCACACCUGCAGCUGUACUGUAGAAACGAGCAAUAUAGGAAGAAUAAAGAGAUAAGAAAUACA